CCUCGUCGCACGCCGGACUUUCUGGGUUAUCCUGUGGCCGAGUGGGAGCAGCCAGGAAAUAGUCGAAGGAAUCCAAGAACCACUAAAGGGCUUCUCUACAGCCUUUCUCGGCCUUUGUCAAAGCUGGUAUCGGGAAGUAUUGCCCGUACAAAUCUGCGAGAAACAUGCCAGCCGGUUACCUUUUUCGAUUGAGAGCUCAAUCAACUAACAUGCGCACCAGGACAUGUCAAACUCCAGAGUAUCGAAUCCGAGAAACAGAAACAGCGCCAUCGGCAAUAAGAUUGGAAUAUCAGACUCGACGAGGACUGCCCCGGCAGCCAUUCACACCAGUCCAUUCACCUGCAAAAGAUAAGCCGGGGCAAUCCAGGGAGUCGCCUUCUUCCCGGCCGAAGAGAACGUAUCGUGAUUGGCGGAUGAGACGCAAUCGGACCAAAGUCCCAUAAUGCAGUGAGUGACUCGCCAAGUCUCGCGCAAUAGCGGCAUUGGCAUUGGUUCUGCUAGCUUUCAGCUCCGAGCCUCCAGGGCUUUCCUCCCGGACCGUUGCGAAAAACCACCAGAGCUACGACAACUGACAGCUCACAUCGGACGAAAAGCAGUCAUGCUGUUUGCAGUCCAUCUAUCUCACCAACGCAAUGGUUACAACCUACCCGUCCCCUCGUCUGUUCUCGGCUUCCAUCCAGGCCUUGGGCGAUCAGCAAGCAAUUCCCGGAUCGGUGACAGGGGACAAAGGGUCAAGCAUUAGGCGGUGCACCACCGAGAAGUCGAGUUUGAACCAACAGCGACAAAGAGGGAGAGAGAGAGAGGGGGGGGGGGGAGUCGGCUUCACUGCCUCAGUCAUUCCCUGGUGUGCUACUGCUAGCCUAGAGGUGUGGACCAGCUCGCCAUUGUCCUCCCAAUGUCACCCCCCUCUCCCCGACGACCCAUUCUUCUUUCUUCCCUCGCCCUCGCCUCCUCCACAGGACCACAGCCCCAUCGGAUGUCGCUACCCUGGUUUAGGAAGGUCGACAAACGGCCGCUGGGCCGUGGGCUGUCGCGUCGCUUCUAUGCUUGUGUCGUGAUAGCACGCUAGUGAGCCGAAUUCUUCUGAUCCCCUCGAGCCCCCUCUACCCAUGGCCCAAAUCACCCAGGGAAGCGCCCACCCAUACGGUACACUGCGAUAUGGGGGCGUAGAUACGGAUAGCGAGGGCCCAGCAUCGCCUUAUGCGUUGGAUGUGCCUGUCUCUGUCUCUCUGUGGACUCUGCAAACCUCCGACUUAACUGACCCAGAGCCACCUCGAGCAGACGCAAAUACCCGCCGCUACAGAUUUCCCGGGGGCCACAACAGAGAGGAGAGAUCGCCCAGAAGCCAUCCUUCCCGUCACUCGUUGGUGAUCUACGGGAAGUGGGAUUUGGGUUUUAUUAUUUUUUAUCAUUGUUUUUGACUGGCCUGGCGCUGGCUGGCUUACUCUACACGGAAACGAAUGCACUACCUUGUCACCUUGUCUUGUUAGCCUGCAGGCCGCCGACCGGCACCACCCUCGCCGCCGCCAUCUCCUUCGGUUGAUUUGAUUGAAAAAGCCCUUGGCGCCCGCCGUCCCCAGUCGUUGUCCCCCCCGUUUGUGGCCUUGGGGCCUACUUUCGUCCUUUUUGCUUAUCUUGUCGGUCGCUCUUCAGCCCAUCCGCAAUCGGCGCGCUCUAACCUCUCCCCUUUCAAUCUACUCGGUCGACAGUAGAGCGAAGGUGAGAGAGAGAGAGGCAUACACAGAGUCCUCGACAGCCCUCACCAUGCCGUCCUUCUUUCGCAAACGUGGCGAGCCCGAGGAGAUCACGCCCUACCCCGCCCUCGACGACGAUGCCGAGGCCACGGGCAUCGAGCCGCUCAAGGCUCUGGCUCGGUUCGAGAAGGCGCAUAAGCUCGAUCCCAACAUGCCAAUUGACGAGCUCAACGAUGUCGACACCGCUCUCGCCACCGGUAACGCCGAGAAAGGCCUCGAAAUCGAGCAGGCCCUUAUGGAAGAUAACUCGCCUUAUCCAGAGGUCCGCGCUGUAGUACGGAACUACGAUGUCGAUUUGCCCGCAAACACAAUUCGCGCCUGGGUCAUCGGUAUGCUGCUUUGCACCGUUGGCUCCGGCGUCAACAUGCUCUUCUCUCUGCGCAACCCCAGUGUCACCAUCACCACCUACGUCGUCCAGCUCAUCGCCUACCCCAUCGGCCUGGGUUGGGAUUUAGUCAUGCCGGACAAGGAACAGAAUGUCUUCGGCAUUAAGUUUAACCUCAAGCCCGGUCGCUUUAACUACAAGGAGCACGUCAUCAUCGUUGCUAUGUCCAACGCCGCGUACGGAGGUGGCGUCUUGUAUGCGACCGACGUUCUCCUUGCCCAGCAGCUCUUCUACAAGCAGCACUUUGGUUGGGCCUUCCAGUUGCUUUUCGGCAUCACGACCUUGUGCACGGGGUACGGCCUGGCUGGGUUGGCACGGCGCUUCCUCGUCUGGCCCUCGGCCAUGAUCUGGCCCUCGAACCUGGUCAACUGCGCCCUGUUCUACACCCUCCACGACCACUCCGGCUCGGACCCGACGAAGACCAACGGCUGGAAGAUUGGCCGCUACCGCUGGUUCCUUAUCGUCGGCAGCGGCGCCUUCAUCUGGUACUGGUUCCCCGGUUGGAUCUUUCAGGGGCUGUCGUACUUUACGUGGAUCUGCUGGGUCGCUCCUAAGAACGAGAUCGUCAACAAGCUCUUCGGAGGUCUCUCGGGCUAUGGACUCAUGCCCAUCUCAUUCGACUGGACCGUCAUCUCGGGCUAUCUCACCUCCCCGCUGAUCCCGCCUUUCCAUGCCAUCGCCAACGUGAUUGCUGGCAUCAUCAUCUUCUUCAUCAUCGUUUCUUCCGGUAUCCACUUCUCUGGCACCUGGUAUUCCGACUACUUCCCUGUGCAGAGCUCCGAGUCGUUCGACAAUACCGGCGCCGUCUACAACGUCACUCGCAUCCUCGAUGCUAACCUGCAGUUCAACGAGACCGCUUACAACGAUUACUCGCCGCUUUACCUGCCUACGCAGUUUGCUCUCGCCUACGCUCUGUCUUUUGCCGCCGUGGCCGCCGUCGUCGUCCACGUUGUUUUGUACCAUGGCACGGAGAUCUGGGGCCAGUUCAAGCUUGCUCGCCACCAGGAGGAUGACGUGCAUAUGCGUUUGAUGAAGAAGUACCGCGAUGCCGAGGACUGGUGGUAUCUUGCGCUGUUCGUCGUCAUGGUCGGCAUUUCCUUCGGCGUUGUUGCCGGCUGGCCCACUGGCUUCCCUGCUUGGGCCUACGUCGUCUGCAUCCUGAUUCCGGUUGUCUGGCUCAUCCCCAUUGGCAUCGUCCAGGCCAUAACCAACAUCCAACUCGGCCUCAACGUCCUGACUGAGUUUAUCAUUGGCUACAUGGUACCCGGCCGGCCCCUUGCCAUGAUGAUGUUCAAGAACUACGGCUACAUUUGCAUGUCGCAGGCGCUCUACUUCGCCCAGGAUCUCAAGCUCGGUCACUACAUGAAGGUGCCGCCGCGUACCAUGUUUGCGUCCCAGCUUGUCGCCUCGCUCUGGUCGGCAGUCGUCCAGAUCGCCGUCAUGAACUGGGCUCUCGGCCACAUUCCGGACGUCUGCCAGCCCGACCAACCGAACAGCUACACCUGCCCUGGCGGUCGCGUCUUCUUCACGGCAUCCAUCAUCUGGGGUGCGAUCGGUCCCGCCCGCAUCUUUUCGGGCCAGGCCCUGUACUCAUCCCUCCAAUGGUUUUGGCUCGUUGGCGCUAUCACUCCGGUCAUCACCUGGUUCCUCGCCCGCAAGUGGCCCAAGAGCAUCUGGCGCUAUGUCAACACGCCGCUCCUCUACGGCGGCUCCGGCUGGUUGCCUCCUGCCAGUGUCUACAUCUACCUUUGCUGGGCACUCGUUGGCACCAUCUUCAAUUUCUUCAUCAAGCGCCGUUACACUGGCUGGUGGUUGCAGUACAACUACAUCACUUCGGCAGCCCUCGAUUGCGGACUUAUCGUGGCCACGCUGAUCAUCUUCUUCACGCUGUACCUCACGUCGGCCAGGCCACCUCAGUGGUGGGGCAAUGUCGACGUUUUCCAGACGAUGGACUGGAAGGGCACAGCCAUCAGAACGCAAGUGGCACCCGGCGACAUCAUUGGGCCCAACCGCUGGCCUUAAAUGUCAACGACGAGAAUGAGACGGGACAGAGAAGCGUAUUUAUGAAGUUCGAAUUUGACAAAGGAUAUAGGAGUUGGUGGCUGCUUCAAUGUGUACGUAUUCUGGUCUCACGGCCCAUUGGUAGGAGGAGUCUUUGGGUAUUUGGCUCUGAUGCGAGGGUUAUCUUUACGGCUGGUGAUACCUCGACGCGAAUAUUGAUACAAAGCUUAAUCUCAACGAUGAAUUAACGAC